AAAGUUACGAAGUAUAUGGUAGUAUGUUCGAAACAUUUUAUUCCUGAAGAUUAUAUUUUGUCAUCAUAUGCAUGUAAAAGAAGACAUUUAAAGAAAACUGCCGUACCAAGUUUACUUUUACCGGAGAGCAGUAUUUAUACAAAAACGUGUUCUAAAAGAAUUAAAAGAAAUAAGUUUUCAGAAAAAACGUAUCAGACAGAAGAAACUUCCCAUGAAAUUGAGUCAGAAAUCAGUGAUAGAGAACAAAUAGAAGAAACUUCCCAUGCAAUUGAGUCUGAAAUUAAUGAUAGAGAAGCUGCUGAAACACUUUUAAUGUUAUGCAAUUCUAAUUAUGAUAAAAAUUUAAAAUGUCACAGAUCAGUUGGCAUACAAAUAUCCACUGCAGAAUUUUUGGUAAAUAUACGUAAUUUCAUUAAGACAGAAUCCCAACUAAAUUCCAUUACUGGUAUACAAACUUUUGAACUAUUUAAUGCUAUUGUUAAACUUUUUAGUGAUGUAUGUAAAACAAAACAAAUCAGUAAUACUAAUUUUUCUUUUGAAGAUAAACUUUUUAUGGUCCUAAUCAAAAUGAAAUUAAAUAUUUCUUUUUCUGUUAUAUCUAUAUUUUUUCAUUGUUCUGUACCAACUGCAAGUAGAAUAUUUUACCCAAGUGUGAAAAUUCUUGCUUCCGUACUUAAGUGUGCAAUUGUUUGGCCAUCAAAAACAAAUAUUUUAGAAAAUAUGCCUAAAUGUUUCGACAAGUUUCGUAAUGUAAGAGUAAUUUUGGACUGCUCAGAAAUUACAGUGCAGAGACCAAAGUGUUUAAAGUGUCGAAUACGUUGCUACUCACACUAUAAAGGUGACACAACUAUAAAAUUUUUAAUAGGUGUUUCACCAGGUGGAAUUGCAACAUUUUUAAGUAGUGCAUAUGGAGGUAGAACUUCUGAUAAGGCAAUCUUUGAACAGAGUGAUAUCUUAAAUUUAUUAACACCUUAUAGUGACUCAGUGAUGGUUGAUAAAGGCUUUUUAAUUGAUAAACUUUGUUCAGAAAAAGGAAUAGAAGUAAUUCAACCACCAUUUUUGAAAAAAAAAUAAACAACUAAAUAAAUG